CAUAUGUGGGUGACCAUCGUGGUGCCAAAUUCACAGUAGCAAUUGUAAGAUGGAUGCGAAUGCGAGUAACGGGUCACCAAGAACAGGUCAACUUAUUAACAACAUUUUAGCUCAAGUCGAAGAAUUGUCAGAAGUUAUUUCACCAUGUCGUGAAAACUCUGAAUUAUCGUCUAUAAACGAGGAAGUGGCGCGAUCUUUUAAUCGCGGAGGCCGAGGACAUGACAUAAAUUUACAACAAUCAACAGCAAUGUCGAGCACAGGUACCAGUUUUGCCACCGUUUCGUCCAUAAAACCAAGGCAAUAUUUUCCUGUUAUGAAGUAUAACAAGUGAAUUUUGAACAGCAGCAGCUCCUCAAGGAAAAAGCAAUAAAAAAUGAAGAAGGGGCCAAGUGGUCCUUUCAUACGAGACAUAGUCCUUUUGUCAGGGCCAAAUGUAAACGUUGUCCCCCGCCAAAGCGCAAGAGUCAAUCUAGUGGAAAAUGGUCAUACUUUUUUAGGCUUCCAGCUGAUGAAAGAAUGGAAGGGAUGUGAAGUAGAGAUGCAUGUGAGAAAUGCGUUUGGUGACAAACUAAAAGAUCACAAUAUAGAUAUUGAAAUCGUAAUGUCGGUCCACAAUACAUUGCAUCCACCCUGUCUUGCACCGAACCAAACCUUAAAUGGCUUCAUGGUGCACAAAGUGUUCAAAGAUAAACCAAUUUAUGUCAGGCCAUCAGUACAGAUAUUGGAACCAUUAAGCAACAGAAUCAACAAACCUGAACAUUUGAAUGAUCAAGAGGACCUGUGUAUUGUGCAGGAUGACGCAAGUGAUGAUGAGUUUCUAAGAUCUGCGUUUACUAAUGAACCUCCUUGCAUGUCUUCAUAUCAACAUCCUGGAGUUGAGGAACGCAGUGAAAUGGAAGUGACUAAUAAUCCACCUGCUGUCCAAGAAACCUCUUUGCCAUCUGUUGGUACUAUUUCAGACUGUUCUCACAACAAUGGAAAUGUUCAGAAUGAAGUUCAACCAGAAGAUCCAAAUUCUGUUGAUAUGUCCAAUAUUUCUGCUGUUGAAACUUCAUCAGAAGUGCUUUUGGAAAAUGAAAAUCUGUCAACCCUUUUGGAAUGUGAAAAUCUUCCAACAAGUAACAUUGUGAUACACCGAUCAAAUCUUAAGCAUAACAUGAUUGAUGCAUUUUGUGAUGAAGAAAUUUUAAAUUCAAUAGUUACAGCAUUUUUGUCAGUCAGUGAGCAAGAAAUAGUUAAUGAAGAAGUUAGUGGGAAUACGAGCCCCCUUGAUGAUGAUGUUAUGGAAUUCUUAAGUAGCUAUCAAUGUUUUACCACUCCCAGUGGAAACAAUAUUGAAAAUAUUAUUUGGCAGUUAGCUCAUAAAGAGAUCAUCCAAAAGCCCCGUUAUAUUGCAAACUGCUGGACCCCAAUCUUAUCCUUGCUAAAAAGAUACAUGCCAUUUCAGUCACUUGACAAUUUGGUCUCGCUAUAUAAUGAGAAAAAACCUAAUGCAAAGAAAGUUGUGAAGCUUCUUGAUGCCCAUCCUAAUACAGAUGCAGAAAGGGCAUGCUUAGAUCACCUGAAAAGAUUUAUAAGGUCCAUUGAAGGAAAUAUUGGUACUUUUUUGCAGUUUACGACAGGAAGUAAUGUACUGCACAUAUCAAAGCUAUAA